AGUGACGAAAGCAAAGCAAAGCAAGCAAACCAAAACACCAGACACAAACACACAGAAGAAGAAGAAGAAGAAGAAGGCCCUUCUUCAUCUUUCAUCUUCAUUUCAUUAAUUAUAAUAAAGGUGUAUUUGUCACGAACACCGCCGGACAUGUCGGUCUGGAGUGAAGCGUUUGAGGACCAGCUGAUCGACAUGAUAGAGGACAGACCUCCUCUCUACGACGUCUCAGAGAAACUUUAUGCCAACCGAGUGGUGAAGACUGAGCUGUGGAGAGAGAUCGAGCACAGACUGGAUGUAUCAGAGAAAGAGCUCAAGAAGAAGUGGGACUCUCUGCGGACCCAGUACACUCGGUACAAGAAACUAGCCCCCCCAGAAAGUGGUGGAGCGCAGAAGACUGGCAGGCAGCAGUGGAUCCUGUCCCGGCUGCAGUUUUUAGAGCCCCACACAAAGAGGAAGGAGAACACUUCCAAUCAUACUAUCAAGUUCGAACGAUCAACAAAAGACAUAUUGACCCCACAACAGGACAGUGAAGACGUCAAGCCAGAGAUCCCGGCCAUUCCCCUGGACCCCGACUCUGGCAGGUCAAGCUCACCUGCAGAGAGUGUUCCUGCAGUUCGGACCACCUGGUCUGUGGAAAAGGAAGACAAGUUUGUAGAACUGUGGCAGCAGCAUGACUGUCUGUAUGACUCGGCGGACAGAUAUUCCGACAGGCUGGAGAGGGAAAAGAAAUGGAGUGAAAUCGCUACCGCUUUGGAACUUCCAGUUCAGGAAGUAAAGAUAAGGGCCACAACACUACGAACUCAGUAUUCCCGACUGGUGAAACCGCGGUGUUCCGGGAGGAAGAUGAGACCCAUGACAGCGAGGCAGAGGAGGAUCCUGAGAUCGUGUGAAUUCCUCAAAAAACACAUCAACCAUCGUCCCUCUGAAGGCAACUUCAACCAAUCGAUAAAAGACAUGUUGAGGACAGAGUGGGACAGCAGCGACAGCGAGCCAGAGAACACGGCGCUGUCCCAGGAGCUCGACGGCGGGGCGUCACCGUCACCCACCGAGAGCUCCUCCGUUUCAUCUCCUCCUCCUCCUCCUCCUCCUCUUCCUCAGCUCUCCAGAAAACAGACAAAACCACCAAACAGGAGCGACGAGGAGAGACGGAACCAGGCCCUGUUGGAGCACCUAUUAGAUGUUAUUCAGGAGACGGGCAGAGAGCCAAAGAAAGACUGCGAGGACUCUUUCGGCGUCACUAUCGCGAUGGAACUGAAGAGGAUACGAAACCCGGCGCUGAGGAACAGAGUCAAAAGACAAAUAAUGACAAUCCUGUACGACGCUCUGGACUCCGAGCAGAUGACAGAACCGGUCUCAUACCAGCACACAUUCCCAAGUGACGACCCCCACUCCAUUACCGUAGUCAUACCUUAACAUCUCACCUGUAUGAUGUAAUAAAAACAGAAAGACUGAGAUAUCAGGUAGAAUUUUAGAAAUGUUAUGUUUCAUUGUAAAAGCUCUGUUUUUAAGUUGUGGAUCCAGUUUAGUUGCCCGUCUGUCUGAAAUCCGCUGUGUACAUUAAAUUCUCAGUGACACAGAAAACUUGUAAUACAAAAAAAGAAUUGCCUUAACGUAAGUAAUCUAGUAGGGAAGUUUCAUGGUGAUAUAUUUAUUAUUUAAAUCCUUUACCCCUAUUCACCUCCCUUAAGUAACAGUAUGGAAAAGUAUUAAAAAUGUACUGGAUAAGAUCAAGA